AUGCUUCAGAGUGUAAUUGCCCUGGCUGCCGCAGUCCACUGUGCAGAUAGCUUGCAAGGCCCCGUUGGCCGUCUCCCGGCCAUGGGUUACAACACCUUCAACGCUUUUGCGGAGGACUAUGAUGCAGCGCUUGUUACACGCCAGGCGAAGAUCAUGCAGGAAAGAGGCCUGGUGGACGCGGGAUACAACAUCAUGCUUCUGGACGAUUUCUACGCCAUGAAAGAACGCAAUUCAUCCGGCCAUAUGGUGGCAGACCCAGACAAAUUUCCUGAAGGCAUCCCGGCGCUUUCGAACGAGCUUCACUCGAUGGGUAUGCGACUUGCUGCGUACGGCGAUCAUGGUUAUCAGACGUGCGGAGGGUACCCGGGUUCGUACGGUCACGAGAUGCAAGAUUUGGAGACUUGGUACUCCUGGGGCAUGACUUAUCUCAAAGAAGACAUUCCUGCCGAUAACAUCACCCAGACGAACCAAGUAGGUAGCUAUGAGCGCAUGGCAGAUGCGAUUGCCGAAUUUGCCUGUCGAACUGGCGUUACGUUCCAGUUGUCAUUGUGCAACUGGGGCUGGCAGCAGCCAUGGAUCUGGGGACGCAGAUUUGGACAGUCGUGGCGCACCAAUGGCGAUAUCAAACCGACGUGGUAUCCUCUAGCUGCAAUCAUCGACACGGCAUCAUUCCAGUACUGGGCAACUGACUUCUACGGCCACAACGACCUGGACAUCUUAGAAAUCGGAAACGUCGGCCAGGGCAGUCCUCCCGGUAACCUGACCCACGAGGAGUCGAAGAGCCAUUUCACAGCAUGGGCACUACUCAAAUCACCACUCCUGAUCAGCGCGGACCUUUCAACCGCAACAGAAGAGACCUUUGAAAUCCUCGGAAACCGCGACCUCAUCAAGAUCAACCAAGAUCCCGUUGUCGGCGAAAACAUCAGCCCGUUUCGUUGGGGCAUCAACUCGGACUACACAUCGAAUGCGACGCACCCGGCAGAAUACUGGUCCGGCAACUCGAGCUACGGAUCCGUCUUCAUGAUAUUGAACACGCAAGAUACACCCCAAGAGAUGUUCUUCAACUUGACUGAAAGCUGGACGAUUCGCGCGGGCAGACAGUAUUCUGUGUACGAUCUGUGGAAGCAUGAGGACGUGGGGGUUGCAGUGCGCAACAUGACCUUGCAGCUGCCCGCACAUGGCGUAGGCGCGUUCCUACUGAACGACGCUGGGCCAGAACCCGAGUAUCUGGACGGUUCUUGCGCGGUCUAUUACCAGUGUUCAUUCCCUAACGGCACGUACAUUUCGAAUUGA